GGUUUCAGAAAUGUCCACCUCCAGCAAUGUCCUGUCUGAAGAGCAGUUCCUGUGCUCUAUCUGUCUGGAUGUGUUCACUGAUCCAGUCUCUAUUCCAUGUGGACACAACUUCUGCAAGGCCUGUAUCAGUGAAUACUGGAACACCACUGCCCUGUGCCAGUGUCCACUGUGUAAGGACACAUUCAAUAGAAGACCGGACCUAAAAACCAACACAACACUCAGAGAUGUUGCAGAUCAUUUUAAGAGGAUGAAGGUCUCAGGCAGAGAGGAGUCCUCUUCCAAGCCUGGAGAAGUAGCACAAGUGCAGCAGAUGAUCCAGGAGCGACAGGAUCCUGAGCUGAGGAGGUUACGGCAGUGGUCAGUGGAUGUGACUCUGGAUCCUGAUACAGCACACUGCAAGCUCAUUGUGUCAGAGGACAGGAAACAAGUGAGCUAUGGAGACGUACGGCAGAUUCUCCCUGACCUCCCAGAGAGGUUUGAAUGUUAUCUAUCGGUCCUGGGAAAGGAGGGCUUCUCCUCAGGGAGAUUCUACUUUGAGGUUCAGGUGAGAGGGAAGAUUGAAUGGCAGGUAGGAGUGGCCAGAGAGUCCAUCAUCAGGAAGGGCCCAACGGCUGUAAGCCCUGAGGGUGGACUCUGGGCUCUGUAUAUGAAUAGGAAUAAGUAUAUAGCCGAGGACACACACCAUAUCCCCCGCUACCGGAGUCAGAAACCCCAGAAGGUGGGGGUGUUUGUGGAUUACAAGGAGGGUCAGAUCUUCUUUUAUGAUGUAGAAAACAUGUCUCAUAUCUACUCUUUCACUGGUUGUACCUUCACUGAGAAGCUAUAUCCAUACUUGAACCCCUGUGAUAAUGAGGAGGGUUCAAACUCAGCCCCAUUGGUCAUCUCUCCUGUCAAUCACAUUGACUGAAUUGGGGUCCAAUAAGGCAGAAGUGCUGAUAAUAUUGGGCCGCUUUCAGGGGGUUUGCCAAGGAGUCGCAAAACAAAAUUUCACAACACCUGGACAGGUGUUGAACAUCACGCCAGAAACCGCAUCAAUAUGAUAUUAUAAUCUCAAGCAUGACUGCAAUAUAUCUAAUGAUUGGUUCAUUUGUAGAGCAUCUUUUAAAUCAGAGGAUUAUGCUUGAAAUCUGAUCUACCGUAGAAUAUUGUUUUAGUUUGUCUUUUUUCAAAUUUAUUUUCCCCAUGUUUCAGUAUAGUGUGUUGAGACGUUGUUUGGAUUAAUUUGGGAGUAUGUCCUGAAUUAUCCAAAUCUAGUACAAUGCAUCCAAUUUCUUGUGACUUUGUUUUCAUUGUAUGUGGUCAAUGUCAAAUAAACAU